UUCAAAUGUUUUUUUCUCAACAUAAAAAAAGAAAACAAAUGAACCAUGAAAAUUCUGACUGUGGUUUGUUUGGGACUUAUCUUGAGUAGAUCGCUAUCGGAGGCUGAACUUGGAGUGAUCGGCGAGAUAAGCGACGAAACCUUCGAGAUGCUGAUAUCCGGUGGCUAUAAGCCGAAGAGCAAUCGGCUCUCCCGUCACGUGGUCUCGAUUCGCACCCACAACUAUGUGAGGCACCGGGGGGAUAAUCAUUUCUGCAGCGGAAUCCUUGUGAGCAGUCGAGCGGUCCUCACAGCAGCCCACUGCCUAACGGAUCGCUAUAAGGCCUCUAUGAAUCCGCGGGGCAUUCGUGUGGUUUUCGGGCAUAUAACCCGAUUGGCGGACUACGAAGAAGCCGACACCCGAGCCGUCGAUCGGCUGGUCGUCCAUCCGGAGUACGAGCGCUACAAGAAGAACGACCUGGCCGUUCUCAGACUCGCCGAACGAAUCCCGAGCUCCAACCACAAUGUUCUGCCGAUGCUCAUGCGCAAAACGGCCAACGUUACCUAUGGCGAUACAUGUGUGACCCUCGGCUGGGGGCAGAUAUAUCAGCACGGUCCCUAUUCGGACGAGCUGCUCUAUUUGGACGUUAUUUUAAGGCCUCCCUCGCUUUGCGAAAAGCACUACGAUUCGUAUACGGCAGAUUAUAAUGUCUGCACGGAGCCCGUUGGCGACGGAUUGACCUGUGCCGGCGACAUGGGCGGACCACUGAUUUGCAAGGGGGCUCUGAUGGGACUCAUUGGCGGACAUCUGGGCUGCGCGGGCGGCAAGGCAAUGAAGUUCCUGAGCUUUCUGUACUACAAGGAUUGGAUAACAGUCACUGUAAAGUCCCUUACUGAUUGUGGCGCUAGGAUCUCAUUGAGCAGUGUUUUUCUUACUCCCUUUCUACUGGCUUUCUUAAAUUAA